AGCCCUCAAGUUGUCCGUUUAUAAAUAUUUAUUAAGAGCCUGCUAUGUUCUAGGCCUCUUUCUAGGAGCUCCAUAAGGGUAGUAGAACCUUGGUAAUAGAUUACAAAUACAGCAGUUCUAUGUUCUGCCUAAGUGUAACCACUUAGUAGUGUGUUGUUCUAAAUGUAAUUUUUAAAGAGGGACAUUGACAAACCAAUGUGUUGCUGGAAAAAAGAAAAGGCUGGCAAGGGAAAGCUUCAAAUAGAAGUCUUCAAAUAUUUGAAGGGCUGCCCACUGGAGGAAGAUCCUGUUUGCUACACAGGAAAUAAAAAGGGAUUUCUAGAAUAAUGGCUAAUUUUUUUUUUUUUUUUUUGAGAUGGAGUCCAGCUGUGUGGCCCAGGCUUCAGUGCAGUGGCGCGAUCUCUGCUCACUGCAAGAUCCGCCUCCAGGGUUCACGCCAUUCUCCUGCCUCAGCCUCCAGAGUAGCCGGGACUAUAGGUGCCCGCCACCGUGCCUGGCUAAUUUUCUUUUUGUAUUUUUAGUAGAGACGGGGUUUCACCGUGUUAGCCAGGACGGUCUCAAUCUCCUGACCUCGUGAUCCUCCCACCUCGGCCUCCCAAAGUGCUGGGAUUACAGGCGUGAGCCACCACACCCGGCCGGCUAACAUUUGUUGACUGCUUAAUAUAAGCCAAGGCUCUGUGCUAGGCACUUUACAUGCAACGUCUAGUUGACACAAUGAGUACUAUUUUUGUACCCAUUUUACAGAGGAGAAAGCAGGCUUAAAAAGUAACCUGCCCAGGGUUCUGCAAAUAAGGAAUGGGGACAGGAAUCUAUUCAGGCAGUCUGACUCCAGACUUCACAUAAGAAAGUUCUAAUGAUACAGCCAUCCAACAAAGCUACUUGGCAGUAAUUUUUUUUUUUUCUUUUUUUGAGACGGAGUAUCACUCUGUUGCCCAGGCUGGAGUGUAGUGGCGUGAUCUCAGCCCACUGCAGCCUCCGCCUCUCGAGUUCAAGUGAUUCUCCUGCCUCAGCCUCCCAAGUAGAGUAGCUGGGAUUACAGGCGCAUGCCACCAUGCUCGGCUAAUUUUUGUAUUUUUAGUAGAGACGGGGUUUCGCCAUGUUGGCCAGGCUGGUCUUGAACUCCUGACCUCAGGUGAUCCACCUGCCUCAGCCUCCCAAAGUGCUGGGAUUACAGGCGUGAGCCACCGCACCUGGCUUUGCAGUAACUUUUGAGGAAUAAAGAAUACGAAAGGAAUUUCCUCAAAUCUUGUUGCCCUUCCCAUCUUUGUGAGCUGAGAUCAGAGUGCUGUAUCUCACCCUCUGUCUCUUGGAGGUGAUUAUGGUUUACAUACAAAUGCAGAUUGCAAGUCCAGGGAGUUUACUCUUUCUCCUCCUGUAGGCCUCAUCCUGUAAGACACUUCCUCUAACAAAUGGCCAUCCCUUCCUGUUGUCCACUUACUGCUUAUCACCACCAGGUGGCACCUGGGCAGCAGAAUUGUCAGUGGGCGGGGACCCACCCUGUUUACUUGUGUUGGUAACUGCAUUGCAGCUGCUGAUCCUGUGGCUCCUGGGCCCCAACUGGGACAAGAACUUCCUGAGGAUGAAGUUUUAUCCCCUAUAUAAUUUCUGAUAAUCUGGAUGAGGUGAGGAAGGGAGAAGUUUGGAAAAGAACCUCCAUAGGUCACCCUCUCCAUUCCCCCAUUCUCAGGAACCUCCUCGCCUACUUCAGUGCUUGGCAAAUUUCAGUUUAUGAACCUCUCUAAGGUUCAUCCAUGUUGCCUCUGUAGUUCUGCUUUAUCAGUUGGUGAGCAGAUCACUCAUAAUUCCUCCAAGUUCCUUGUUUCCCUUUUCUGCCUGCUCACCUCUGGGAAUAUGGAGGAUACAGGAGACGGAAUAUUGUUUCUUAAAUAGUUCUGCAAACUGAAUGAAGCAGUCGAGAUACUGCUAGCCCUAGGGAAGUAGAGAAAAGGAAGUGAAAAAGUUGAAGGGAUAGAGGCUGGGCAGGGACAGGUUUUAAGCAGCUUUGGUAAACACAGGCUGAAGAAAUCUAUGCCCUGCAGAAGCAGAUAAAAUUUAUCAGCUGCAGGCCUCAUCCUGUAAGACACUUCCUCCAAGAAAUGGCUAGUUUCUCCCCAAUGAUCAACCCCAGUUCUUCUGCUGCAUCUGACAGAUUUACAUAAUAUGCCCCAUAUGUACUGCAUUAAAAGGUAACAUGACCAACACUUCCCUCAUCAACUUCCAAUUAGCCUAGUAUCUAGAUCCUAGGACAACACUCCACCUCUAAGGCCAGUUAACUAGGAACAAUAGUCAUCGGUGUACCCUGCACUUUUUCCUUCCUAAACCUACACCGUACACUGUGAGACUGCAUUAAUUCUGCACCUGACUGUAUGGCAAACCUUCCUUCUAACUCAGGCAAAUGUGAAAGGGAAUUGUCUUUCCCUUACUCUUGAUCCCUCAUUUUAGUGUCCUAGAAGUUCUUCAGGGUCAGAACAUUCUUGGAAAAUGUAAUAAUUUGCGCUGCCUCCCUCCCUUUUGGAGCCAACUAGUCUUACAUCCAUCCUCUAAGAUAGAGAUGACUUACUCUUGGAAAUUUCCAAAAAGAAAUAAAGCCUCACUUUCUAUUCACUCUGCUUUUUUUCCCCCUUUCCCUGAAGGCUGGAUUAUCUCAACUCUAAUUCUCUGACUCUCCAGUUUUCUCCAGGGUCAGUCGUUACACCACACAAACAAGGUAGGGGAUUGGGGACGGGAUAGACAGGGUUAGUCUUCAAACACCUUCAUUCCAAAUACGAUCGUAUCCUUUCCUUUUGUAAGGGCAGGCAGGAAAAAGUUGAACGAUAAGGAAUGUGCUUAGAGUAUGAAAACUAGAGAAAGUCGGCAAAAGAACAUAUAUAUGUCCCAGACCAAAUCCUGCCAAACCGUCCGAAUGAGUAGAGGGAAAUCCUGAAGCUCCACAGCCCCUCAACUUCGCAACUUGGGCUUUCUCCAAAACCAAGAAAUUGGCGGUGCGGCUCUGCAUGACGUCAUACCACAGGCACUCCAAUCCCACGUGGGGAAGCUCUUGGUCCCGCCUCUCCUGAAAUGGUGCACCACGCCUCCUCCUCUUUAUUACCAAUCGAAUGCCGCCCCUGAGCCCGUUUCUUCCUUUUCCCGCCAUCUCAGACCUCCCAUCUUGGCCUUCGGGCCCAAUCAGGGAGGCCCUACCUAUCCGAAACCCGGUCCAGUCCCCGCGGAAGAGGGGUGGAGUUUCAACCUUGUAACUCCACCUUGGUCUGUGCAGCGCGGACCAACCCAAAUCGCCAGAAAGGAGGGGCGUGGCUUGAAGUCCCCGCCUCCAUCCCCGGGAUCACGUUUUGCCGGGGGGAGCUGAUCGCAAGACUAGGCAACCUCCAGCCAGUCCCUGGGUCGGGCGGAUCCUCCCAGAGGUGGCACAAUGGAGCGAUCUCCAGGAGAGGGCCCCAGCCCCAUGGACCAGCCCUCUGCUCCCUCAGACCCCACUGACCAGCCUCCCGCUGGUCACGCAAAGCCAGACCCAGGUUCUGGGGGCCAACCUGCUGGCCCUGGCGCGGCGGGUGAGGCCCUGGCAGUGCUGACUUCAUUCGGGAGGCGGUUGCUGGUGCUGAUACCUGUGUAUUUGGCCGGGGCAGUGGGACUCAGCGUGGGUUUCGUGCUCUUCGGCCUCGCCCUCUACCUGGGCUGGCGCCGGGUCCGCGACGAGAAAGAACGGAGCCUUCGAGCAGCGAGGCAGCUACUGGACGACGAGGAGCAGCUCACGGCGAAAACUCUUUAUAUGAGUCAUCGAGAGCUACCUGCCUGGGUCAGCUUCCCAGACGUGGAAAAGGCUGAAUGGCUCAAUAAGAUUGUGGCCCAGGUCUGGCCCUUCCUGGGCCAGUAUAUGGAGAAGCUUCUGGCUGAAACUGUGGCUCCCGCUGUUAGGGGAUCUAACCCCCAUCUGCAAACAUUUACAUUUACACGAGUGGAACUGGGUGAAAAGCCAUUGCGCAUCAUUGGAGUCAAGGUUCACCCAGGUCAGAGAAAAGAGCAGAUCCUGCUGGACUUGAACAUCAGCUAUGUAGGUGAUGUGCAGAUUGAUGUGGAAGUGAAGAAAUAUUUUUGCAAAGCAGGAGUCAAGGGCAUGCAGCUACAUGGCGUUUUGCGGGUGAUUCUGGAGCCACUCAUUGGGGACCUUCCCAUCGUGGGGGCUGUGUCAAUGUUCUUCAUCCGACGCCCGACCCUAGACAUCAACUGGACAGGGAUGACCAACCUGCUGGACAUCCCAGGACUUAGCUCACUCUCUGACACCAUGAUCAUGGACUCCAUUGCUGCCUUCCUCGUGUUGCCCAACCGAUUACUGGUGCCCCUUGUGCCUGACCUUCAAGAUGUGGCUCAGUUGCGUUCCCCUCUGCCCAGGGGCAUUAUUCGAAUUCACCUGCUGGCUGCUCGAGGGCUGAGUUCCAAGGACAAAUAUGUGAAGGGCCUGAUUGAGGGCAAGUCAGACCCAUAUGCACUUGUGCGUUUGGGUACCCAGACAUUCUGCAGUCGUGUCAUUGAUGAAGAACUCAACCCACAGUGGGGAGAGACUUAUGAGGUGAUGGUACACGAGGUCCCAGGGCAGGAGAUUGAAGUGGAGGUGUUCGACAAGGAUCCAGAUAAAGAUGACUUUCUGGGCAGAAUGAAGCUGGAUGUAGGGAAGGUGUUACAGGCUGGCGUUCUGGAUGAUUGGUUCCCUCUACAAGGUGGGCAAGGCCAAGUUCACUUGAGGCUAGAAUGGCUGUCACUUCUGUCAGAUGCAGAGAAACUGGAGCAGGUUCUACAGUGGAAUCGGGGAGUCUCCUCUCGACCAGAGCCCCCGUCAGCUGCCAUCUUAGUUAUCUACCUGGAUCGGGCCCAGGAUCUUCCUAUGGUGACCUCUGAAUUGUGCCCACCACAGCUGAAGAAGGGGAACAAGGAACCCAACCCUAUGGUACAACUGUCAAUUCAGGAUGUGACUCAGGAGAGCAAGGCUGUCUACAGUACCAACUGCCCAGUGUGGGAGGAAGCAUUCCGGUUCUUCCUACAAGACCCUCAAAGCCAGGAGCUCGAUGUGCAAGUGAAGGAUGAUUCCAGGGCCCUGACUUUAGGAGCACUGACACUGCCUCUGGCCCGCCUACUGACUGCCCCAGAACUCAUCCUGGACCAGUGGUUCCAGCUCAGCAGCUCUGGCCCAAACUCCAGACUCUACAUGAAACUAGUCAUGAGGAUCCUGUACUUGGAUUCAUCAGAAAUAUGCUUCUCCACUAUGCCUGGUUAUCCUGGUGCUUGGGACGUGGACAGUGAGAAUCCCCAGAGAGGCAGCAGUGUGGAUGCCCCACCUCGACCCUGUCACACGACUCCUGAUAGCCAGUUUGGGACUGAGCAUGUGCUUCGGAUCCAUGUAUUAGAGGCCCAGGACCUGAUUGCCAAAGACCGUUUCUUGGGGGGAUUGGUGAAGGGCAAGUCAGACCCCUAUGUCAAACUAAAGCUGGCAGGACGAAGCUUCCGGAGCCAUGUUGUUCGGGAAGAUCUCAAUCCCCGCUGGAAUGAGGUUUUUGAGGUGAUUGUCACAUCAGUUCCAGGCCAAGAGCUAGAAGUUGAAGUCUUUGACAAGGACUUGGACAAGGAUGAUUUUCUGGGCAGGUAUAAAGUCAGUCUCACCACAGUCUUAAACAGUGGCUUCCUUGAUGAGUGGCUGACCCUGGAGGAUGUCCCAUCUGGCCGCCUGCACUUGCGCCUGGAGCGUCUCACCCCCCGUCCCACUGCUGCUGAGUUAGAGGAGGUGCUGCAGGUGAAUAGUUUGAUCCAGACUCAGAAGAGUGCAGACCUGGCUGUGGCCCUGCUAUCCAUCUAUAUGGAGCGGGCAGAGGACCUGCCGCUGCAAAAAGGCACCAAGCAACCCAGCCCUUAUGCUACUCUCACUGUGGGAGAUACUUCUCAUAAAACCAAGACUAUUUCGCAAACUUCAGCCCCUGUCUGGGAUGAGAGUGCCUCCUUUCUCGUCAGGAAACCACACACUGAGAGCCUAGAGUUGCAGGUUCGGGGUGAGGGCACUGGCGUGCUGGGCUCAUUAUCCCUGCCCCUCUCAGAGCUCCUCGUGGCUGACCAGCUCUGCUUGGACCGCUGGUUUACACUCAGCAGUGGUCAGGGGCAGGUGCUACUGAGAGCACAGCUAGGGAUCCUGGUGUCCCAGCACUCGGGAGUGGAAGCUCAUAGCCACAGCUACAGCCACAGCUCCUCAUCUCUGAGUGAAGAACCAGAGCUCUCGGGGGGACGCCCUCACUUCACCUCCUCAGCCCCAGAGCUCCGGCAGCGCCUAACACAUGUUGACAGUCCCCUUGAGGCUCCAGCCAGGCCUCUGGGCCAGGUGAAACUGACUGUGUGGUACUACAGUGAAGAACGAAAGCUGGUCAGCAUUGUUCAUGGUUGCCGGGCCCUUCGACAGAAUGGACGCGAUCCUCCUGAUCCCUAUGUGUCACUGUUGCUGCUGCCAGACAAGAACCGAGGCACCAAGAGGAAGACCUCACAGAAGAAGAGGACCCUGAGUCCUGAAUUUAAUGAACGGUUUGAGUGGGAACUCCCCCUGGAUGAGGCCCAGAGACGAAAGCUGGAUGUCUCUGUCAAGUCUAAUUCCUCCUUCAUGUCAAGAGAGCGUGAGCUGCUGGGGAAGGUGCAGCUGGACCUAGCUGAGACAGACCUUUCCCAGGGUAUAGCCCGGUGGUAUGACCUGAUGGACGACAAGGACAAGGGCAGCUCCUAGGAGCUGGCGAGUCCCAGCCUGACUCUGCUCUGUCUUCCUGCCUUCGUUUCGCGCCAACACUGCUUCAAUGUGAUGAGCCUAAAGCUAGGGUCCAAGGGCAGAGCCUGUGCCCUUCAGCCCUUUCACCUAACAGGCCCAUAUUCGGGCCUUUGCCUGACCAAAGAGAAGAACCCUAUGUUCCCUUUACUGCACAGCCUUUAUCCUUCUGGGCCCCUGGGGCGGGGACCUGAGCUGGCUGUUUCCUGCUCUGCCUGCACAUUGUUCUCCCUUCCUCCCAACUCCUCAGGGCCUUCUGUAUCUGUGCCUGGCCACUGGCAGCACUAGCAGUGGUAUUAGCUUAUGCCAAAUACAGCUUUGGAAGUUUUUUUUUUCUUUAACUAGAUGGUCACCUUCUUCCCUACCACACAUGGGUGGGAGGGUGGACAGGCUAACCUCUCCAGCUGUGAGCCUCUUAGACUACUGCAUGUAGCAAAUGUUCAGCAGCUCAGGCCCCCAUGUCCAGUUCUGUCCCCACUUUCUUCAACCCUGUCCUGAAAAUUCUACUGCUCUGAUGGCUGGGGCCAGUCUCUUGUCACUUUGGAAACUGGGGACACUUGGAUUCUACCCAAGCCUCCAAGUAGUGGCAUAUCAGUCUUGGAGCUCCUAGCUGGUGAUAUGGAGGGGGCUUUGGAGGACUUGGGACAGCAGGGCCAAUUUUUUGCCCAAGUGCCUAGGCUGCUAACUCACUGACUAGAACUUAAUCUGGUACUCUUUAGUUUUGCACCAACUCUGCCAAGCCACUGUAUCUUACAUUAAACAUCAUACUCAAACCA